AUGCCAACACCCGCUGGACCGGCCAGCAAUUUUGGCGGAGGGCGAGGAACAACAACAGACGAUUAUGACGAUGACUAUAGCGAUGAAGAUAAUGACAGCGGCAAUGAUUUAGAUGACGAAAACGAAACUGCCUUUAAUCAUUUGUACCGCAAUCAAUCGUUAGCACCACCGGAAAUCAAGCAUGAGCGUUUAGAGUGGCAGCAAAUGCUUCAGUCUGUGCUCAUGGGCGAAGUGUUGAAAUCGGAAAAGAAACGAUUGUCCACAACGGAUCGACUCAAGCAGCAAAAGCCCAUGCAAGAAAUAUGGAUGUCGUUACGUGCACUGCUACGCGGACGAACAAUUGCUCAAGAACAGAAAUACCUGGAAGAAGGUCGCAAAGAGAUCAAUAGUGUGAUUGAUGACGUGAUGUCGUUCAAGGUCCAAAAGGAUCAGGAACAACCACCAUCACAGAGCGUUGCCGAUGUACUGAAAAAAGUCGACCGUAUUGAAUCACUCUACUCAACGCGUGCGGAAAUGAUCAACGCGAUCCCCAGAUAUGGCCAAUCCGACUUUCAAGCUCGACUGGAUGCACUCAAUGCUUGGUGCACCAUCACGCGCAGCUUGUACAUGCAGUAUAAGAUUCUGCGCGACUGGACCGGGUCCAAAGAUCUGCAAAUUGCCCCAAAAGAAGAUGAUCAGUCAAACAGUGCGACAACGACAGCGACGACGGCGGUAAAGGAAGACUCAAGCAAGAAUAAUAACAUGUUUAAUCUUCAAGUACAACGCACGGAUCCAUCCUUUGUGGAACGUAUCCUCAAAGAAUCGGCAUUACAAGACACCUUUGACAAACGGACGCUGUCUGCCUUGAACUUAUUGCUCGUCAAAUCCAAACGCACCAUGAUUGCCAACAACAGCUUGUUUCAGGAAAUGCGUCUCCCGCCUUUCAUCAACCAAUUGCGCCAACUCGCCGUUUUUCCGACGUCGCUCGUUGAAGAAGCACUCAAGCUCAGACUGGAGUACAAAGAUCGUUUGCAUGAGCCGCCCAAGCAAAUGGUCGAUGCCAUGAUGGAAGACUACAGAGGCUUACUGGCGCUGGCAUGUCGCGUGAAAAAACAAUACGAAGAGCUGGCGCACCCGGCACCUGGUUGGCAGCUCAAAAAAAACGAGUUUAUCGAUCGCGACUAUGAUGAUGUUUUGAUGGACUCGAUGCGCUUUUAUUUCAAGCUGAUCACAUGGAAGCUGGAUCUGGAACGCGAAAACAGUUUGCGCGAAUGCGAGGUGAUGGAGAAGGAAUGGGAUUUCUUGAAAGGCACCGUGUGUCAGGUGGUAAAUCAAGCAGACGAAGAAUGUGCAAGUCAAUUCUGUCAAUUGACGAAUCGGUUGCUACAAGACGUGAUGCAAGACUAUAUAUCCAAUCUCAAGAUUCCAUCAGAGGGUGAAAUCGAAGCCAAGUAUACCAAAGUACUGCAUGGCAUGCGUAUGCGGGCGCGUAAGUUGCUGCAGUUCGCAAGGUUUUUCACAGCACAGUUUGAGAAUGCAGCAGAGUACGUGGUCGAUGCCAACUCUAUCGAGAAACUGGUGACCUGCUUGGUUGACACGGGUCAUUUCCUGGUGCUCACAGGAUCAUUCGAGGAGGAACGCAUUUAUAUCAUUGCAUCACCAUCCAUGUACGGACGAGACGACGCAAUAAGACGAUUAAUACGAACAUGUUUUGCCGGCGACAGAAAUGCACCUAUAGCGCCAGGAACGCCGGGCUCCACCCAUGAACAAAACGAGGAUUACGUUCUGAUAUUGACACCUUGGCAAAACAUUGUAUGGAACGGCGAAGUAGCACAGAUACCGACACCCUUCAUCAAUCUGGGAGCCAAAGCGAAGCGCAUGCGACUUGUUACUGGUGAUGCCCACACGCUGCCGUCGGUCAAGGCUGUGUUUUGGCGUGCAGUGCAAAGUUCGGGUAUUGAAAUUCUGACAGAGCAUCGAGCACAUAUACCACGGAUUAACAGGGAACUGCACAAGAUCAAAUUGACCGUAUUCAAGCUCGCCGAUUCGACCAUCACGAGCGUCAGCACCAUUCGAGAUCAAACGCGAGAUUUGGGAUGUCAAGAGCUUGUCGAAGAGUGUUUUAGCUUUGCAAGCGACUUUGGCAUGCGAGCAGCACGGUUCCUGGAACUGGCAGUACGACUACAACUCGAUCUGAAACUAGUUCGUCUGGCUAUUGACUGGAUCUGCUUCAUUACGGACGAUUGUGUACCGAGCGAUCGCAAAACGUUCCGCUGGGCUGUGGCAGCCUUAGAAUUUGGACAUCUGAUGACACGCGGUGUCAACAUCCUUGCGUUGAACGAAACCGAAUUCUCAAAACUCCAAAGCAAAGUAGCGCGCUGCAUAGCCCUGUUGAUUUCGCACUUUGACGUCCUCGGUACACGAUGGACGCACGAACUACAACUCAAGGAAGAACAGCAGCGAUUAGCACGCGGCGUUACUGCCAAACGCAACCAGUACAUGACGAGCAACAAGCGGGACGACAAGGACAAUAUCACCACGAGCUCGACGUUUGGUGCAGCAAGCGACACAGCAUGUGCGUCGGGCGGCGUGACGUAUAUCCGCGACGUCUGGAUGCGCAAGAUCCGCGAGUUGGAGAACACGCGCAAUUCGGAAGAACAGGCGCGGAAGGUGGUGGGCAAGAUAUUGGACGAUCAAAAGCCAGAGGACCAGUCGUUGAUGUUUUUGGCACCGUCGUCGUCAAAUAUCUCGUUCAGGUGGCAACAGGGCAGGUUUAUCGGUGCAGGCACAUUUGGAUCUGUUUAUCUUGCCAUCAAUUUGGAUACCUCGUCGGUCAUGGCCGUCAAGGAAAUUCGCUUCCCUGACUCGAAUUCGUUGUCGACUUUACACAAGGCAAUCAAGGAGGAGAUGAAAGUCAUGGAAAUGUUGAAUCAUGACAACAUUGUCCAAUACUAUGGCAUGGAGGUGCAUCGGGACAAGGUGUAUAUAUUCAUGGAAUACUGCGAAAACGGCAGUUUGGGUUCUUUGUUGGACCAUGGUGGUCGAAUUGAGGACGAAGUGUACAUUGUUAAAUAUGCGUAUGAGCUUUUGAGCGGCUUGAAAUAUCUCCAUGGCAAUAAUAUCGUUCAUCGCGAUAUAAAGCCAGAUAAUAUCUUGAUCGAUUAUCAAGGUCAACUGAAGCUUUCUGAUUUCGGUGCAGCCAAGAUUCUUGCCAAGGGACAGAAAACGAUGGGAAGAACAACGAUGAACAUGAAUGUCAAUAGUUUGGCCGGUACUCCCAUGUACAUGGCACCAGAAGUAAUUACAGGUGGAGACACGGGACGAAAGGGCUCGAUGGAUAUCUGGUCACUCGGCUGCUGCAUUGUCCAAAUGGCCACGGGCCGUCGACCCUGGAGCACGCUCGAAAACGAAUGGUCGGUCAUGUAUCAUGUCGUGACAGGCCAUCCACCUUUGCCCGACGCAUCCCAAUUAUCGAGCGACGGUAUUGAUUUCCUGAAAAAAUGCUUUACGCGCAAUUCAAUGAAACGACCCACUGCCAACGAACUCUUAUCACAUCGAUGGAUCGUGCAAUACCUGGAGAAUUAUUAUCAGCAAGACAUGAUGAUGAUGGAUGAAAAUGGCGCAUAUGAAGGUUACGAAGGAUAUGAACAGCAGCAGCAGCAGCAUCCUGCAGCAGCAGCUAUGGCGUCCGGUGGUGUCGUCAUGCAGUCGUUCUCGGGCAAUAAUGUGCCACCAACCACACCGAGUGGCGACUACUAUAAUGAUAACGGCUAUGAGCCAUCGAUUACACGGUCCAUCGGUUCAACGCAUUCGUAUGAACGGCCAUUAGUGCGCAGUAUCGCCAAUAGCAUUGCGAUCGAGGGUAUAGCGAAUAGUCAUAUCAAUGGAGAACAAGCACAGGCAUAUUUCCGUGACAUUGCUGCAAAGAAUGCUACAGAUUUACCCGGAGGCGAUCGUGGUGACGACAACAACUCGCCUUCGAUCAGUCGAUCCACAUCUGCUGCAAAUAGUCAACGAUCAGUCAUGUCGAAUUCUAUCAUGGAUGCUAUCGCUCGAGCUGCUGAAGAUAAUGAUGAUGGACAGCAGCAAGAUCAGCCUCGGUAAAACCAUAAAAAAAAUCACACCGGUUCUUUUUCGUUUCUCUCAUUCUCUAACAACGCCUUUUCCCUUUUUCCCUUCAAUGCUUAUCGUUUCUGUCUUUUUGCUCCUCUUUUCUUCUCAUAUUUGCUUAUUUCUAUUGCGUUUGCUCUCUCUCUCUCUGUCUCUGUCUCAUUUGUGUACAUAUAUCCUUUUUGUCGUAUUCUUUUUUUUUCUUUUUAGCAUACAUUAAUUCUAUUAUAAAUAGCACAUUAUCUCUCUCCCUUUUAUACUAUUCUCUUAUAUAGCUAUUCACAAAAGAUAAAAUAUACGAGGUAAUCUUCACCC